AUGAUGCACCCAUCUGUCCCCGAGAUCGACGGCAUCUCGCCCUCGCAAUCGGAGGAACUGACACGGCAUGAGAAAAUAGCUACAGAUAACAUAAAGGAGCUACAGAAAUUUGAAUUGUCACACCAAUGGGAUCCAAAUCUACCCCAGGAGAAACUCGAUGCUAUCAAAGAAGCCGUUGAGAAUGGUGACCAUGAGAAAGCGGUCGAGUUGGAUAAGUCGCUUGCGCAAGAUUCACAAUAUGAGUCUGUCCGUGCGGCUGUGCGCAAUACCGACAAUGGAGAGGUUGCGAAUACAGUGCGUGCCUGGGUCCUCGGGCUACUUUUUACGACUGUUGGCAGCGGACUAAACAUGUUCCUGAGCAUGAGAAGUCCUGCUAUCUCUUUUCCAGCCAUUGUCGUACAAUUGCUCGUCUAUCCGAUGGGAUGUUUUUGGGCUAGAGUUAUGCCAACCAAGGUUUUUAAUACGUUUGGGCUACGGUGGACAUUAAACACGGGACCCUUCACCAUCAAGGAACAUACAGUGAUUACGGUUAUGGCCAAUGUGUCAAUAGGGUAUGCCUAUUGCACCGAUGCUCUUCUAGCUUUGAAAGCAAAACCUUUCUAUAACAUGGAAAUUGGAUGGGGCUUCCAGCUGCUAUUUGCGCUGAGUAGCCAGGUGGUUGGGAUUGCAUUGGCUGGAAUCUUUCGCCGAUUCUUGGUGUGGCCUGCUGCUAUGAUAUGGCCUGGCCAGUUUGCCAAUACAGCUUUGUUCCACGCUCUCCAUGAUAAGCGACCGUCCAACCCAUCUGAGACAGAUGGUUGGAGCAUCUCCAGGUACCGAUACUUCAUUUACGUUAUGGCGGCUGCAUUUCUCUGGUAUUGGAUCCCAGGUGUGCUCUGGCAAGGCCUUUCGGUUUUCGCGUUUGUCACUUGGAUUCGUCCAAACAACGUGGUGUUGAACCAGCUAUUCGGCGGAUUUUCUGGACUAUCAUUGAUCCCAAUUACCUUUGACUGGACCUACGUCUCAGCUUAUCUCCUCGAUCCGCUUUUGGCUCCAGCACACGCAAUAGUCAAUACGUUGAUUGGACUAACGGUUUUCAUUAUACUUGCUACUAUUGGAAUAUCUUACACCGGAGCCUUUUAUUCUGCCUAUCUUCCUAUCAACACAUCCUCGACUUUUGAUAACACUCAGCAGUCUUACAAUGUUACCAAAAUCCUGGGAGAAAGUUUCUCCUUUGAUGAGCAAAAAUACAAAGCAUACUCACCUAUGUUUCUUGCCCCGACAUUUGCUUUGAAUUACGGUCUUUCUUUCGCUGCCCUAACCGCGGCCGUUGUGCAUAUCAUCUUGUUUCAUCGCAAGGAAAUCUGGCACCGAUUCACGGCAGCUCGGGAGCAGGAGCCUGAUAUCCAUUUGAUUUUGAUGAAAAAAUAUCAAGAAGUGCCUGAAUGGUGGUAUGCGGCAUUGGGUGCUGUUUCUAUUGCUUUGGGCUUGGCAGGUAUUCUGGCAUACGACUCGCAACUACCUUGGUGGGGCCUUUUCGUGUCAAUCAUUAUCGCAGCGGUGUUUAUUGUCCCGACGUGUAUGAUCCUGGCAAUCACAAAUAUCCAACUUUCUCUCAAUGUUAUAUCGCCAUUUCUAGCCGGUUUCAUGAUCCCUGGGAAACCAAUUGGGGUGAUGGUCUUUAAAGUUUUCAGUACUAUCACGUUGGGACAAGCACAAGUUUUCUGCCAAGAUCUUAAGAUUGCGCACUACAUGAAGAUUCCACCUCGCGUUACUUUCAUGUGCCAAGCUGUCGCGGCAGUCUGGGCUUGUUUUGUUCAGAUCGCGGUCAUGAACUGGACUUUGGGAAAUAUUGAGAACGUUUGCGCUUCCGAUCAAUCAGCUCACUUCACAUGCCCUAACGGCAGAGCAUUUUUCUCGAACAGCAUUACAUGGGGCGCACUGCUUCCAGUCGCCUUCUACAUCUUGAUGCGGGUAUUUCCCCGCUCAAAAGCCAGACUCUUGAAUGCACCUGUGAUGCUUGGAGCUAUGUCAUGGAUUCCACCUGCCACCCCGUUGAGUUAUUUCUCUUGGGCCAUGUUCGGGCUCAUUUUUAACUACUGGAUUCACCGCCGCUGGCGCGGAUGGUGGCACACAUAUAACUACAUCACUGCUGCAGGACUUGACACUGGACUCAUUCUUUCCACAAUUGUGAUUUUCUUCGCAAUUACAUUCCCCGGUGUCACUUUGCCCAAUUGGUGGGGUAAUACAGCUCCAUUUGAAACAAUGGAUGCCCUCUUCACCGCAGUUAGGAAGACAGUUUCUGAAGGUGAGAUUUUCGGGCCGGCGAAAUGGUGA